AUGGCUGGAGUACCACAAGUGAAUGCAGCUUUCGACUCAUCAGCCGAACAAGCCCCUGCGCUCACACCUGCCGACCACGCAAGAAUGUUGCGAGAGAGAGUGGAACGUGACUCACGCGAUGGAGACGCAUGGCUAGGAUUGAUAGAAGAUGCUGCAGCAAGAGCCGAUUUGGACGCCUUACGAAAGACGUACGAAGAAUUCUUUGUCAUCUUUCCAAACGCUGCAAGACAAUGGCAAGAUUAUGCUUCCGUUGAAUUAUCUCAUUCAGAAUUUGCAAAUGUGGAAAGUAUCUUUACACGUUGUUUACGUACAACACCAUCAACCGAUCUAUGGCAAUUCUACCUAUCGUAUACUCGUCGGGUGAAUCCUUUGCCGCCUUCAGCAGGACAAAAAGCAGCAAAUGAAGCGGAAAGUGAACGUGAAAAAGUGCGAAAAGUGAUUGAGGGAGCAUACGAAUUUGCAUUACGAUUCAUCGGACAAAGUCGUGAUUCUGGUGAAGUGUGGAGGGAUUAUAUCAAUUUGCUCAAAGAACGUGAAACAUCAAAUCAAUGGCAAGCAGGACAAAAGAUGGAUGAUAUUAGACGUGCUUAUCAACGUGCAGUUGCUGUUCCAUUGGCAAUCGUUGAACAAAUUUGGCGUGAAUAUGAUGCAUAUGAAAACGGAUUAAACAGAAUCACAGCAAAGAAAUUCUUGGCAGAUCGUUCACCUGCUUAUAUGACAGCAAGAAGUGUAUUUAGGGAGAUGCGCACAUUGACAGAUGGGUUGUACAGACCACAAUUGCCACGAGUACCUUGCUGGGCAACACCGCCAAGUCUUGAAGCUGUUGUUUCGCCUUUGACGGUGGUAAGGGAUCGACACAAUAUUGAACUGUGGAAGAAGUAUCUACGAUGGGAAGAGAGCAACCCAUCACAACUGGAAGACGUCCAAGCCUUGCAAGCUCGUGUACUUUUGGCUUAUCGCAAGAGUGUGAUGCACAUGCGUUUCUAUCCGGAGCUGUGGUAUAUGGCAUCGAUCUACCUGCAAAAGUGUGACAGGGAGGAAGAAGCGGUUACGUGGUUGAGAAAUGGAAUGGAAGCAUGUGCUGGAAGUUCGUUGCUAUCCUUUGCCUUUGUCGAACAAGCUGAAAGACAUAGCCAAACACAAGGAUGCAAUGAAAUCUUUGAUCAACUACUAAAUUGGAUCCAUACAGAAAUCGAAAAAUUAAACGAACAACUGGAAGCAAAGAUUAAAACAAUCGAUGAAGAAGCUGAAAGAGAAAAAGCCGAAGUAGCAGCCAGGAAGCGAGAUGAAGGAGCUGCAGAUGCGAUCGAAGGAGAAGAGCGAGAAGAAUUACGCAAGAUGGAAGAAAGGCGAGAAGAACGUAGAAGUGGAGAAAGGGAACGUAUACGACCGAAGAUUGAAGAAAUGAAAGAAUAUGCAUCUUUGGUUUGGAUCAAACAUAUGCAUUUCGCACGAAGAAGCGAAGGACAAAAGCCUUCUCGUACCAUCUUUGCACGUGCACGAAAAAGCAAAUACUGUACUUGGCAAAUCUUCGAAGCGAAUGCAUUGAUGGAGUAUCAUACAAACAAGGAUGUCACUGUGGCCACAAAAGUGUUUGAACUGGCUUUAAAGACGUAUGGAAGCGAUGAAGCAUUCGUCGUACGUUAUUUGGAUUUCUUGUUGGCUAUAAAUGACGACAACAAUGCUCGUGCCUUAUUCGAAAGAACGGUUGGCAAUUUCACACCUGAUCGUGCAAGACCGAUUUGGGAUCGAUGGUCACAGUACGAAUACAGCUUUGGCGAUUCAGCAUCGAUUGCAAAGGUCGAAGAAAGACUUUCACAAGUGUACCCAGAAGAGAACGCAACGAAACGAUUGAUGAAUAGGAAUACAUAUAUGGAUUUGGAUAUCGUUGGACCGCGUGAUUUGGGUGUGAGAAGAUUGGCAGGAUCGGCUGGAGGAGGUGCAAGUGCGGCAGAAAGAGCAACGAUUGCUUCCCGUGAAUUGGCACAAGAGAUGGAAGGUACCUCCGUUAUCGGAGCACCAACUGGACCAAGGGCAGAUGCGUUGCAUUCAAUCGCUGAAGAGCCAAUGAUGAAACGACCAAGGCUCAAUUCAACUACACCACCUCCUUCCACGCAUUACCGUGGAGGCGUCAGCGGUGCUCCAUUGGGUCCUCGCGGUCCACAAUAUUUAGAGUUACCGGAUGGUGUAAUGUAUCUGCUGGAUGCUUUACCAAAUGCUUCCUUCUUUGAUGGACCACUCUUUCCGGCUGAGAGUAUAAUUGAUUCACUACUGAAUGCAAAUGUACCUGCAGCCACUGACUUCUUUGCCAAACAAAGAAAUGGACCUAUGCAAAAUGCUGGUGGAAGAGGUGGAAGAAGAGGCGGACCUGGUCGUGGAGGAAGGCGGUUUUAGAUAAAUCAAUUGUAUUCAUACACAUGCUCUUUAAUACAAUACAUUCAAUG